AUGGCCGCAGCCGCCUCCUCGCUGGCGCGGCGGGCCGUCUCCUGCCGCCGCCUGCUCCUCUCCCGCGCCUUCGCAGCCGCCGCCCGCCCGGCCAAGCGGGUGCUCGUGCCGGUCGCGGCCGGCACGGAGCCGGUCGAGGCGGCCGCCACGGCCGACGUCCUCAACCGCGCGGGGGCGCGGGUCACCGUCGCGACCGUCGCCUCCGCGCCGGCCGGGGACGAGGGGCUCCUCGUGGAGGCCGCCUACGGGGUCAAGCUCGUCGCCGACGCCCGCGUCGCCGACCUCGAAGGCGAGGACUUCGACCUCAUCGCCCUGCCGGGCGGGAUGCCGGGAUCAACUAAUCUUAGAGAAUGUAAAGUACUCGAGAGGAUGGUCAAGAUGCAUGCAGAGAAGGGGGAACUCUACGGCGCCAUUUGCGCUGCGCCGGCGGUGACGUUGGCCCAUUGGGGCAUGCUCAAAGGUUUAAAGGCGACUUGCUACCCGUCGUUCAUGGAGAAGUUCACCGCUGAAGUGAUCCCUGUGAACUCCAGGGUGGUGGUGGAUAGAAAUGUGGUGACCAGCCAGGGUCCAGGAACGGCAAUUGAGUUUGCCCUUGCUUUGGUGGAGCAGCUAUAUGACAAAGAGAAGAUGGAGGAGGUUGCUGGACCUUUGUAUGUCCGCCCUCAACACGGAGCCGAGUAUACCAUUGAAGAGCUUAAUUCAGUUGAAUGGAAAUGCAGUGGUACACCUCAGGUUCUUGUGCCAGUUGCUAAUGGUUCAGAGGAAAUUGAAGCUCUUAAUUUAAUAGAUGUCUUGCGUAGAGCAGGCGCAAAUGUUACAGUUGCGUCAGUUGAGGAUACCCUGCAAAUUGUGACCCGGCGUCACAAGUUUAAUCUGAUAGCUGACAUGAUGUUGGACGAAGCUGCUAAAAUGGAAUUUGAUCUGAUUGUCAUGCCGGGCGGUCUGUCGGGUGCUCAAAAGUUUGCUAGUACAAACAAACUUGUUGAUUUGCUGAAGAAGCAGGCAGGAUCUGGUAAACCCUAUGGUGCAAUAUGUGCUUCCCCAGCUCAUGUUCUCGAGCCCCACGGUUUACUGAAGGGGAAGAAGGCGACGGCAUUUCCACCCAUGGCGCACCUGCUUACAGACCAGAGCCUAUGUGAGAACAGGGUUGUGAUUGACGGGAAUCUUAUCACUAGCAGAGCCCCAGGGACUGCGACAGAGUUCGCCCUGGCCAUUGUUGAGAAGCUAUUUGGUCGAGAGAAAGCAGUCAGUAUAGCGAAGGAGUUUGUUUUUAUGUGA